AUGGACGUCGAGCACGCCAUCGUCGAAGAGACGCCCGUCGCCGCGAUGCCGGGCGAUAGUGCCACAACCGCGUUCGUCGAGGAGACCGCGGUGACGGCCCUAGACGUCGAGGAGCGAUGGCCCCGGCUGGGCCGGCUCCCGCGGACGGUGAGCACCCCCAGGGCGUCGCCGCCGGCGGAGUUCGUCUUCGUCAGCGGCGCGAGCGUCCUGGUCCCCCCGUCGCCGACUCCGCAUCGACGGCGGCGGAGGCGGCGCGCCCACGCGGCGGAGGACCCGGCCCCUGGCGACGAGCGGCGCCGCCGCGACCGCCGCCGGCGCCGCCGGCGCAAGCCCCAGGGCGUCUCGCCGCUGGCCUCGCCCACGUCGUCGAUGAGCUUCCCGGACUGGGCCUCGCCGACGUCGUCGAUCGCGUCGGCCCUGUCGUCGCCCUGGAGCUCGCCGCGGCACGAGAACCCCCACCACUUCCCCCGGCGCGGCGACUCCGGCGGCUCCUCGUCGUCCUUCUGGUCGUCGAAGACCUCGCUCUGGUCGUCGACGACGUCGAUGUUCUCGUCGACGACGUCCUCCCUGAGGUCCUGGGCCUCCUCCUCCUCUGCGUCCUCCCUCCUCUCCUUCGCCGCCGCGCCCGCACAGGGCGACGGCCCCGACCACUACCGCCCGGACAGCCCCGACGACUUCCGCGUCGCGUGCCGCGACGUGUCCAUGCCGCUCCCGGAAGAACGCUCGUCGGAGGCGUCGUCCUCUUGA